CAUCCAGCUCAGCACAAUGUCGGCCCUGCGGAUUCUCGUCCCUGUGAAGCGAGUGAUUGACUAUGCGGUCAAGCCGCGAGUCAACAAGGCGCAGACCGGCGUGGAGACGGCCGGCGUCAAGCACUCGAUGAACCCGUUCGACGACCUCUCGGUAGAAGAAUCCGUGCGGAUCCGCGAGAAGAAGCGCGCCCCCGGCGGCGUGGAGGACAUUGUCGCCUUCUCGGCCGGCCCGCCCAAGGCUCAGGAGAUUCUACGGACGGCGCUGGCCAUGGGCGCGGACCGGGGCGUCCACGUGGAGCUCAAGGAGGGCGAGGAGCUGGAGCCGCUGACGGUGGCCAAGCUGCUCAAGAAGUCGGUGGAGGAGCAGAAGAGCAACUUGGUGAUCUUGGGCAAGCAGAGCAUCGACGACGACGCGGGGCAGACGGGCCAGAUGCUGGCGGGCCUGCUGGGGUGGCCGCAGGCGACGCAGGCGAGCAAGAUUGAGUUUGGGGCCGACGACGCGGUGACGGUGACCAAGGAGGUUGACGGCGGCGUGGAGACGGUGCGGGCGAAGCUGCCGAUGGUGAUCACGACGGAUCUGCGGCUCAACACGCCGCGGUAUGCGACGCUGCCGAAUAUCAUGAAGGCGAAGAAGAAGAAGCUGGACAAGAAGACUCUGGAGGACUUUGGGCUUACGAAUGAGAAGAGAUUGAAGGUGUUGAAGGUUACGGAGCCGCCGCAGAGACAGGGUGGUGGCAAGGUUGAGGAUGUGGAUGGGUUGAUUGGCAAGUUGAAGGAGCUGGGUGCUCUGUAA